UCUGUUAUCAAAUGACCGGCUUUAUUUAUGGAAACAUCGUAUAAAACAAACCUAAAUCGACUUUAGACGUUUAGACUUGCUAUACCAAUAAAUUCAGUAUACAUUAGGUACAUGUACUUAAACCAUUUUUGUUGAAGUAGUUCAUAAAUAAAUGGAUUAAUCAGAGAAGGCUAUACUUACUAGGGGACAAUCACCAUGGAAACGGUUGCUGGAACAGCACUUCAUGUUGGCGAUAUCGUCGUCAUCAUCGCUUAUUUCAUCUUCGUCCUUGUUGUCGGAUUAUGGAGUGCCAGAAAGAACAGAGGCAGCGCUGGUGGCUACUUUCUGGCCGGCAGAAACAUGAACUGGAUACCGGUUGGGGCGUCGUUAUUUGCGAGUAACAUUGGUAGUCUCCAUUUUGUCGGCAUGGUGGGAUCAGGAGCGGCCGCCGGUAUUUCUAUAUACCUGUAUGAGCUGAAUGCGAUGUAUGUGUUGAUGAUAUUGGCGUACAUCUUCCUUCCAGUCUACGUGGCGUCAGGGGUGUUCACGAUGCCAGAAUAUCUGAAGUUGAGGUUUGGGGGAAACAGGAUACAGAUCUAUCUCGCCGUUCUCGCCCUUCUGGUCUACAUCUUCACUAAGAUCUCGGCGGACUUGUAUGCGGGUGCAAUCUUCAUAGAGCAGUCACUCAAGUGGAACAUCUAUGUCUCCAUUGUGUUACUCUUGGCUGUGGCCGCCAUUUUUACAAUUGCUGGUGGUUUAACGGCCGUCAUAUGGACAGACUUUAUUCAAACAAUCAUCAUGGUCCUUGGAGCUACAGCCCUGGCUAUCCUGGCGUUCCUAAAGGUUGGAGGAUUACAAGGCAUCAAAGAGAGAUACCCAAAAGCCAUCUCAAACUACACUCUAUAUAACAAUGACACUUGUGGUAUGCCGAGAGAAGAUUACAUGCACCUCUUUAGAGAUCCAGUUACCGGAGAUAUACCAUGGCCAGGUCUGAUCGGCAUCACCAUCAACUCCAUUUGGUACUGGUGUUCCGACCAGGUUAUAGUACAAAGAGCGCUUGCAGGAAAGACGUACGACCACGCUAAGGCAGGAACCAUCCUGUGUGCUUAUAUCAAAAUACUGCCACUUUUCAUGCUGGUACUCCCGGGGAUGAUUGCAAGAAUCCUCUACACAGAGACUGUUGGAUGUACGGAUCCAGAGGUCUGCAUGGAGGUUUGCGGUAGUCCAUCAGGCUGCACCAACAUUGCAUACCCGACCCUAGUCAUUGACCUCAUGCCACCAGGCGCUCGUGGAAUGAUGCUCGCUGUGAUGAUGUCAGCUCUGAUGUCAUCAUUGACGUCAAUCUUUAACUCCUCCUCCACAAUAUUCGCAAUGGAUAUCUGGACACACUUUCGAAAGAAGGCGUCAGAACUAGAGCUGAUGAUUGUAGGAAGAUUAUUUGUGGUGGUAUUGGUGGUCAUCAGUAUCAUUUGGAUCCCGGUUUUGCGACUUGCCAGUACCCAGCUCUAUGUUUACAUCCAAGAAGUGUCCAGCUUCUUGCAACCACCAAUAUGCGCAAUAUUCCUGCUGGCUGUGUUCUGGCCAAGAUUAAACGAACCGGGUGCGUUCUUCGGUCUCGUGUUCGGUAUGCUGCUGGGGGUAUUGAGGUUUAUAGGCGAGUACUCGUUCAGGGCGCCAGCGUGUGGUGAGGAGGACACACGUCCAGGGAUCAUCCGCAACUUCCACUACCUCUACUUCUCCGUAUUCCUCUUUGUAGUCACAGCACUCGUGGCGGCAGUGGUGUCUAUGUUAACAAAACCUAUUGACAAAAGAUGCCUUGAGCGACUGACAUUCUGGACGCGACACAGCAAGCGAAAGCGGGUGGAAAUCGACACAUGGCAGUCAGACUCUGUACCAUCAGCCAGCGAGAUGUCUUCAAGCGUCAUUGAGAAAGAGUUAGAAGAAUUAAACCCUCCAGAAAAAGAGAAAACAGAAAAAGAUAACGUUGAAAACAAUGUUGAAGACAUAGAGGUCAUUGUGAAAGAUUCUGAUCAUAGUCCCUACCAUGGUCGGAAGGGUUGGUUCCGAUUCUUUUUCAACUGGAUUUGUGGUUUAGAAAAUGUCGAUCAGACACAUAUAAACACAAGAAAGAUACAACGAAUAGACAUGGUUGACAUCACAGAGAAAAGAAGAUGGAAAAUUGUAUCAAACAUUGCAGCUGUUGUUUGUAUGAUCUGCAUGAUCGUCAUCGCCGCAGUGUUUGCAUGAGCGCUCCACCACUGCGUAUUUCAGGUCAUUUGUAUAAUGAUUGUAUCGUCGGAAACCCUGGCCGGUAUUACACUGAGUUCCGGGGCUGUAAUCCAGGAGAGUGUAUAUCUAUGGCAAUGUUGCUCAACGGUCACACUAUAACAACAACAGUGGCUGCAGUUGUGCAUAGCUGAUAUUGAUAGAUAUUGUUUUAUAAAAAAAAUAUAUCUAUCCUUUUAUGCACAGUUGUAACUAGAAAAUACGUCUGUCGCAACAAAUUUACAGCUGUAAACGUAUUUUGUAUCUUUCUUAUAUUGAUAGUACACUUUUGAGCCGCUUGAUAUGCCAUGACAACCACGGUACAUUUGUCGCCAUAUGUCUUCUGUGUUGAAUCGUUGCAUUUACAUAUUUCACUUACAUUUAGUAAUUUACACAAAUGUACAUUCCAUUUUUCUUGUUUUUGUAGGUCGAAAUGUUGUCAUGGCCUGGGUGUUGUAGUCGUCGGCGUUGCCGUUGUGCAACAAAUGAAACACCGUUUAAGAUAUUCAAAUAUAACUUGGUACAAAUAUUUUCGGAGACAAUUAGCACAUGUAUGCAUAGCAAGCUGCAUAACUAUGGCGUUAAUAAGACCCCUUGGUUGACUGUGGAAAAAACGAGACUAGACGAGUGUUGGCGGUCGCUUCGCGGGGCAACAUACAUGUUGUACAAUUCAUUGACACGCCUUUAUUUUGUUGGUAACGAGUUGUUUUUAUUAAAUUGCCAUUUACAAAGUUCACAUUUUUGUGUUGUUUGUGUGUGUGUGUGUGUGCGUGCGUGCGUGCGUGCGUGCGUGCGUGCGUGCUGCGUGCGUGCGUGCGUGCGUGCGUGCGUGCUUUCGUCCUCGUGUAUGUGAGUGUGUGUGUGCGUGUGUUCGUGCCUGCGUGCGUGCGUGCGUUGGUCCUCGUGUGUGUGUGUGCGUGGGUGGGUGUCUCAUGUGUAUAGUGUAUUUGUUCCUGGACUAUUUAUCAUAUUGUGGGAAAGUGAAACACCAACAUUAGCGUUACAUAAUGUCAUUAAAAUAUUUUAAUCAUUCCUUUCUGUUUAUUUAAGGUGCAAUGUUCCUCUUAUAUGGUAUGGUAGUUUACUCAAAACUUGCUAAGGAUCACAUGCUAUUAUGUUUGUUUACGAAUAUAUAGCUGUUUAUAUUACAUAUAUAUAUGAGAGGAAAUAUUACCUACUAGACUUUACGUUCUCAACAACAGUAAGACAUGUAUUGUUAAUCAAAAAAGUUUUUUUCAAAUGUUAGUAUCAAGUGAAAUUUCCUCAAAAUAUGACAAAAGGCUAAAACAUCUCCUAGAACGAAAGAAAAAAACAGCAAUUAGAUUGUUAUUAUCGUAAGUCUGGCAAAUAAAGUGUCGCAGUUUCGUAACUGAUAAGCCAGUCGAGCUUGAGGUACUGCCCUUGGUUAAUUAUCAAGUGAGUGAAUUUUUGGUAAACGUUUCUUAACUGAACAUUAAGUUAGUCAUACUUGAGGUAUGGCCUUUGGUUUUAUCAAGUAAGUGAUUUUUUGGUAAACGUUUCUUACUGAACAUUGAGUUAGUCAUACUUGAUGUACGGCCCUUGGUAUUAUGGACAGGAUUUUGGGUAAAACCCCUGUAAUUCUGCAACAGUUCAGUUGAGAUUGACUUGUAAGCGUUGUAUGGAUAUCGCUAGUCGAUUUCGUCAACAUAUUCUAUAUCGGGAUUUGUAAGGAAUAGUUUUUAGCGAGACUUAGACAACGUUGAGUAGAAUAUUUAUUUUCUUGGCAGUAUACAAUGAAUGCUUUAAGUUUUGCCUUGUGUUCUUGAUUUUUUGUGUUCAACAAAUGUCACUGCCUUCAAACAUUUUACGUUAAUCACGUUCAUAUGCGACAUACCUCUGUUGAUUAUCUUGCAUCAUUUGUUGUUUCUUUUAAUCGUGUAAGUCCGUCCUUAUAACGAUAUAGUUGUUAGUGUUGUUUAGUAGAAAAGUUGUCCGCCUCUCAUCCCAGAGGUCUUGGGUUCGAUCCCAACCAGGGGAGAGUUCUCUUGCCACCACAAAAAAGGUCAAACUAUUGCUUUAUGCCCGCCCAAGAGCUAUUCAUUUAUGAGCUUAAAGCUGUUAUCACAGUCGAGCAUAUUAAUAAGUAUAAACCAGACGAGCGGUUGUGGUCGCUUGAGCUCUUGCUUCGUUUAGAGGAAUAAAGCAUGCAUGUUUCCAUUGCAUUUGAGAUGGCAAUAUCAUGCAGGAUUUUUGUCGGCAUUUAGUUAUUUAAAAGUGUCAUUUGCAGCAUUUACACUGCUAUAUGUUAUAGCUGAAUAUUGCAUUAAUAAUAUAUUCAUGUCACUUAAUAGUUAGUUCACUUCAUACGUAUAAACCAAAAGACGAGCGAUAUACUAUAAUGGUUUGCGUCACGGUAAAUACGUCUAAUAACAGAGAAUUGCAGGUUUUCAAUUUGUUGUUUUUUGUCCGCGUAUUCUCAUAUUUGUCUUUGAAAUUAGCUUUCAAUUUUAAUUCCUUUUAGAUAAAUCCAAAACAUCUGUGUACAUCUACGUUGGUAUUUAAUAAAUAAAAACUAUACCAAUUAUACCUAUAUACAAAAUGAAAACAGAACACAAUAAAUGUUGAAAUGUGUCCGU